UCUGCUGUUGGUGUGGUGUAACGUUUAAUAAUGACGAAUUAAAUUUAUAAAUCAUUACAAGAGAAAGUACUCUGUGAUUACAUAAAAUUGUAACUUCUGUUUUUUAUUUUUCUUUUUUUUUUGUAAAUGAAAACAUAAUAACCUACGACAUCAAUCGCGAGUAAAUAAUAGACGUGUUAAUGUGGUAAUAAAAAGUUAUACACAUUAAAAAGGAUGAUAUACGUAAUCAUAAGAUCUGCGUAUUUACUCGUACAGUGACGUGCGCAAUAGAGACGACACAAUGAGCAAAGGUGGUAGGAAGCUGAUGAUUAAUGUCACGGUCAGCUGAAUUCUAGUUGUCCUGACAAGUGCGCGCACAAAAAAUGCGUAUAUUUUAAAAGAAAGAAACGUGCAUUUGGUCGAGAGCUUUAUUUUUUUUGCUACCCCCACCCCUCCGCCAUUUAUCUUCCAUCGAGAUGGUGGAGCCAAUUUUCGAUUAUCAAUUUCGGCUAAUACUGAUUGGCGACAGUACGGUCGGGAAGAGUUCGCUCCUGAAAUAUUUCACCGAUGGGAAGUUCGCAGAGCUCUCAGAUCCAACAGUCGGUGUAGACUUUUUUGCACGUUUAAUUGAAGUUAAAGAUGGUACAAGAAUAAAAUUACAAUUAUGGGAUACGGCUGGACAAGAAAGAUUUAGGUCUAUAACAAAGUCUUACUACAGAAAUUCUGUUGGAGCAUUACUUGUAUAUGAUGUAUGUAACAGAACUAGCUUUGAACAUAUUCCUCAAUGGAUGAUGGAAGCACGUAGGCACAUUGAACCACAUCGUCCUGUAUUUGCGUUGGUAGGUUGUAAAUUGGAUCUGGUAACAAAUGGUGGCAGAAGAGAAGUAUCAAAAGAAGAAGCUAGAGCUUUUGCUGAUCAGCAUGGUGUACAUCAUAUAGAAACUAGUGCAAAGACAGGAGUCAAUGUUGAAGAAGCAUUUCGAACAGUUACUCAGGAAGUUUAUAAUAGAAUACAGACUGGUGAAUAUAAAGUAGAAGAUGGUUGGGAUGGUAUUAAAACAGGAUUUGCUAGGCCUGGUGGUCUAGAUUUUAAUUUGGUUGAAGCAGAGCCUGCAAAGUCUUCGUGUUGUUAAAUUAGGAUUGACUUUGGUCUAUUGAAAGAAACAAAUUCUUUUAUAACAAGAAAUCAAUUGUGUUGAGACUUCAUUUAAGACUGCUUACAAUCUACAUCUAAUAAAUAAUUUUCAUUUUACUUGCUAAAGAGUUCAUACACUAUUCACUACAUAUUUAUGUUAAAUAAUAUAAGCAAUGACAAAUGUAAAAAUAUAGAAACUGAGUCUAUAGAUAUUCAACACAACUGAUUUCAUCCAGGGAAUGUAGCAGAAAAUUUAAUACGUAGUGAAUUAUUGAUUACAUUUUUUGUACCAUAAAUGUAUGUUGAAUAUUGUAUAUUCCAAAUACUUUUUCCAAUGUUGUUGCGAUAGUAACAAAUACAAUUUUCUGAAUAGAAAAUAUAUACAAUUUUCACCGCAUUCUUUGUUUCUUAGUUAAAAGACUAACAUUAUACAUAAUGGUCAUUAUGCAUCUACAUGAAAGAUAGAAUUUUUUGUAUAUAGUAUGUAUAAAUAAAAAACUAUAUGAGUGAUUAAAAACAUUUAAAAAUUCAGAUAGGAUUGUUUUUUUAUUUCAUUUAAAAACUAAAAUAUAUGUAUUUCUUUCAGAGUUAUUUUUGUAGUGUGUAUUCUUAUAAUAAUGUAUUACAAGUUUUAUGUAUGCUAUUAUAGAGAUACUUUUAUAUAAAUCUAACUUUCUGUUAUAUAACGGCUGUGCUCUUUGUUGGAAUUAUUUCAUAAUGAAUGAAAUAAUAAAAAAAAUGUUACCAAAUCACAUUUCUGAAAAUAGUUUAGAAUUAUAAUGUAAUACAUUAAAUUAUUUACAUGAAUGUACGUUAAAAGUAUCUGUAAUAUGCGAAAUAGAAUUCAUUAAAGCAUACAUUGUAUAAAGUGUUAAAGAAGAAGAAACAUGAAAUUUAUAUGCUGUUUUUUCUACUCUUUUUUUUUUACCGAAUAUUUUUAAUUUAUAAUAGCAAAUAAUAUAUAUCAUGAGUAAAAAAUCAGAUUGUAGACUAUUAUCUAAUUAUAUUGAUAUGUUUGAAAAUUUUUCAUGAGACUUCUUCUUGUAAUAAUGACAAAUCAAUUAAAAAUUUGUAUAUAAAAUAAUUUGUGACACAAUAUAUUUAUACAACAUAAUUGUCAUGACAAAAUAUUAUAAUUGGUGUCUUUGAUUAUUUAUUGGCACAAUAAGUAAAUGUGUUUUGCAUUAUUAUAUAGAAUAACAAUAAAUACCUGUUCAUUAUAUCAUAUUUUAUAUGUUACAACAGAAAUCAUAAAAAUAUAAUGUUGUAUAAUUUAUUAGGAAUCAAUUUGAUAAAAAUUUACUACAAGCUAAUAUAAUAAACAUAAUUAUUUUGUUGAGUUUUAAUAAUAAUAUUCAUAAUAUAUGUCAUGUGCUAAGUAAUAUGACUUUGUAUGCUGAUGUAAAUAAAAUUUUAAUACUAUA